GUUUUUCUCGCGAAUUUUGUCCGCUCUGCAGGAAUGUGUGGAAAUGCUCGCGCUGUGGAAGAGGUAACAACCGCACCUUCCUGCUGACACAUGAACCCAUCAACGGCCGCUCGUGCCUUUUGGUUUCGGCGUUGAGGAAAGCGGAGACUGAGUCACAUCGCCGUGUAGCCGAACAUCUGUCCGAUUACCCCCCGUUCCCGCAUGAUUGAUUGAAGAAGAUCCUCCUGAUGGCGAAAAACACUCUGUCCUCACGAUUCCGUGGAGUCGACAUCGACGAAUACGACGAGAAUAAAUUCGUGGACGAUCAGGAUGAGGCGGCCGAACAGCAGGGACCCGACGCGUCUGAGGUGGACGAUCUCAUCCGACAAGGGGACAUGAUGAUGGCAUUUCACAUCGCCUUGAGGAAUCCACCAAUCAACUCCAAGAAUCCAGCCGUGAAAGAGCGUGCCCAAGCCGUGGUGUUACGAGUGCUGACUGCGUUUAAGAGCAGCGAUAUUGAGCCAGCAGUGAAGUCUUUGGACAAGAAUGGAGUGGACCUGCUGAUGAAGUACAUCUACAGAGGCUUUGAGAAGCCAUCAGACAACAGCAGUGCCGUCCUGCUGCAGUGGCAUGAAAAGGCCUAUGCUGUAGGAGGUCUGGGAUCCAUCGUUCGGGUGCUUACUGCAAGAAAGUCUGUGUGAAAAACUCAAAGAAUGACAUUGACAGCUCUUUUUCUCACCUCUGCAAAAUCCUUAUCUGGAAUAAUCACACACCACCACAGCCGAUAGCCAUGUGGAAUUAUUGUAUGCUAUUUAAUGUAAAUUAUUGAUUCUUGAAUGUUCUUUAAGAAGUCGUAAAGCCCGCCACAUUCCUCCUCUGAUGAAGGUGAAUGGUUGUUGAAACGAUUCACAAACUGCAAGUGAGGGACAUUGAAUCUGUUGAAAAGACAGAGACUUUGCUGUAUGAAACCUGAGCAGCUAUUCAGGGCAUUAAAUACUGUGACAAAUACGAAUGUUGUAUUUGCUCGUUUUGCUUAGAUGGCACUCUCAGAUAUGUAGUUCUUGUUUCUUUAGUUCCAAUUCUCAUUUUUCUUAUUGUACAGAAAGAGGAUGAUGUUUAAUAUAUAGUAUUUAGGUGGUGGAUAUAUGGUUAAAUUCGUAGUGUGGGGUUGGAUUGGGGUUAUUGUGAAGUGCCUGGUGCAAUAAAGAAUUUAAAGAGUG